AUGGCUGCAAGUCUCUGCGCCAGGCGAAGCGCCGCCGCCGCCCUUCGGGAGCUGCUGGAGACCGGCUCCUCGCGCCCACGUGGGGGAAAGGGGGCCAGCCGAUGGGACUUUCUUCGAUAUUCCAUGGCGCUUGGCCUGCACCAAACAUUCUUGAACCUGGCGGCCCCUCUGUUUGGUGCAGGCAAGCGCAUGGAAUAUGAAGAAGUCCAUCGGCUUGGGUACUCCAUCGACCAGAUGUAUGAUGUUGUGGCCGACAUAGCCAGCUAUCGGUUGUUUGUCCCCUGGUGCACUGGCUCCCGUGUCCUCUCCUGUCACAAUGGCUUCUCACGAGCAGAACUGGAAGUGGGGUUCUCUCCUGUGGUAGAGCGUUACAUCUCUGAGAUCUCUUUGGUGCCACAUCGGCAGAUCCGGGCCGUGAGUAAAGACGGGAGGUUAUUUCAGCACUUGGAGACAGUGUGGCAGUUUGGGCCAGGAUGUGCCGGUCAUCCGGACACAUGUACACUCAGUUUUUACGUUUCCUUUGAGUUCAAGUCGAUUCUCCAUUCGCAAUUAGCCAACCUCUUUUUUGAUGAGGUUGCCAAGCAGAUGGUCUCAGCCUUCGAGCACCGAGCAGAGAAGCUGUACGGACCACAGGCUGCGGUCGGCCAGCACAAGACGGUUCAUUGCAGGUGACCGAUGAACUGAUGUGCGGUGCAUCUUGGUGCACUAACUAAGCGGUUCUCCUCUUCACCGACAGACCUGGAUUCCUUCCCAGACGCCCCUCUAUGGACAUUGCUUUAUUUAUGCCUAUUUAACUCACAACCCUCUAAAUUAUUUACUUGAUUGUUUUAUAGAGAAUUUUGCUUGAGGAUAAUUUAUUGGCUAUUUAAUUCUGUGUUUCCUCUGGCAAUGACAGAGGAUGGCAAAUCGGUGACCUUUUUAUUACGUUGAAUAAAAUUUAUUUUUUUUUCCCCCCAGGAUAUUUUUUAAAGGCACAGUAUUUUAUGUCAAACAUCAAUAAAGCUUGAAUUCUUUUUCCUA